CUACCCACAGCUGCGACGAUGUCGUCAGGUUUUCUCCUCCAUAACUUCAAUGGAGAAAGAGAAUGAAGGAGACUCAAAAUAUUCCACGCAUUUCCUCUGAACAAAGACUUUCACUUUUAAAGAAUUUUGCAUUAAGUGAGAGACCCCUUAUGAAAACCCAGCUGAGACAGCAAGCCUCGGGGAAGUCUCUAAUACUGUAGAACAGUGCACCAAAAAAGAACGUUUGUAACAGAGAGCUUCAGCUCCAACAGAGACUCUGGGAACAGUAAGUGCUUCUGAGUGCUCUCUAAUACACCUUGACAUUAAUAUGACUGGGACCGGACACCGCAAUAAUGCCCAUUACAUUGAGAUUGGCGGCAAAUCACCAAACAAUGGCAUUUUCACUGAUGAUCAUGAAUCAGACUCUGGGUUUCUGACCGCUGUCUGGGCUUCAAUCCAGACUCCCACCUCUGGUGACUGCAUCAGCCACCCGGACCUCUGUGCCAAUGAAGUGCUCCAUAUCACAAGACAUCUCAGAAACAUUGAUGGGAAAUUCAGGAAUUUCCGGGAGCUUUUUCAAAAAGAAGGACCAGUUGUUUCAGGUCCUGUUGAAGCCAAACUGGUAGACUUACUACAAGCUAUCUCUUCCCUCCUAUACAAGUAUCCUGCUUUGAACGGUGAAAUCAUCCAGCCUGCCACAGCAGCCCUCAUCAACAGUGUGAACGGUCUCAACAAUCCUGUGAAAGGGUCUGAAAAUAGAAAGCGAUACAGUGACAUCUUCGGGUGUUUGGAUGCCUUAGAAAUUUCACUCGGAAAUGGGGCAGCUGACAUGUUCAUUAGUGACAUUGACAGCCCUGGCACCACUGACCUGACCUCAGAGACAGAGACAUCUCCGAAAAAUAAAAGUUUCUGCAAAAGCAAAAGCAACUCAGAGGGAAAGGUGCAGACAGACAUCUCAGUUGAAGAGGCUGAUGAGAUGCUGAUAAAAUGUGAAGGUGGUGUGGAAUAUGCCCUUGAAUAUGCCAAAAUGUGGUGUAAAUAUGUCAAAGAGCUGCUCUUUUGGAUUGACAAACGCCUGAAUUAUGAAAUAGAGUUUGCCAAAAGCAUUGUGAAGAUAGCAGAAUCAGGCCGACAUGCCAUUAGGCAUCAGUGUGACAUGCCUCUCCAGUUGCUUUACACCAGCGUCAUGGACUAUGACAUAAAGGCUGGGGGUACAGCCACUGACACUGUAGUGCAGCUACAGCUGAGAGAAUACUACCAGCCUCUUACAGCCAAGAGGAAUGAAAUUGAAAAGUGGCGGAAAGAAUUUAAGGAUCAAUGGACAAAAGAACAGAAGAGAAUGAAUGAUUCCUUAUCAUCCUUGCGCAAGUCCCGUCUGCACUACAUACAGCGCUGUGAGGAGCUGGAGAAAGCCAAGUCACUGAGUGCCAAGGCAGAGGAUGAAUACCAGAACAUGGCUGCAACUCACCCUGGCAGUGCCAGCAAGCAGCUGGAGAAACGGCGCCGGUCUCGUGAGGAAGCACAAGCAAAGGUUCAGGAAACUGAAACUACUUACAAGACAUGCAUCACUGAUGCCAACUUUCGCCGGCAGGAACUGGAAAAGGUGCGAGAGAGGAUUGUCUCCCACAUACGGAAACUUGUUUACCAAGGAGAUGAGGUGCUAACCCGGGUUACCCUGAGGAUGUUCAAGCUGCGGCAAGAUCAGGCAGAGAAGAUUCCAUUGGAUUACCAGACCAUGACUGAAUCCUGCAAACCCUACAAAAUGGGUGAGAAAUACCUGGAUUUUAUUCAGAAGCUGCAGAAGAAAGAGAAUAUCGUGGAGGUGUUUGAAUUUGAGCCAUAUACUCCUGUGGGGAAGAGGUCUCCCUCUAGCGGUAGAAGAAAGAAUCCACCCCAGCACACUGGAAUCUCCUUCUCAGCUACUGAUCUGACCUCCUCCUCAGAAGAUGCAUCAGGUGCAAACAAAUCAUGGAGUGACACAGAAAGCCUUGGUGGGAGCGGUGAAUUCCAAUCCCCGGAUUCUCCCACUUCCAGCCCAGGGAACUUUAAUAGGAGGUUGCUAAAAGCUUCAUCCACAGGCACCAUGUCCUCCUUGGAUGAUUUUGAGGAGAGAGAUUCAUCUCAAACAUAUGAAAAUGAUAAUGGAUCAUUCCAGUGCCAGUUCAAGAACCUCACUUUGUCAACUGCGGCACAGACCCACCGGCUGCGAAAACUCCGGGGCCCAUCCAAAUGCAGGGAAUGUGAAACCUUCAUGGUCAACGGCAUUGAGUGUGAAGAGUGCUACUUGGCCUGCCACAAGAAAUGCCUGGAGAACCUUCUGGUCACCUGUGGCCGUAAGAAGCUGCCUGCCCGCAUGUCCCUCUUCGGCAUCAACUUACAGCAGGUCUCCUUGGAUUCCCCAAAUAAAAUUCCAUUCAUAGUCACAAAAUGCACGUCAGAAAUUGAGGCUCGUGCCCUCGGAGUCCAGGGGAUCUAUCGGAUAAGCGGGUCCAAGGCCCGGGUAGAGAAGCUCUGCCAAGCAUUUGAAAACGGCAGAGACCUGGUGGAGCUCUCGGAACACUCUCCCCAUGACAUCACUAGUGUCCUGAAGCAUUUCCUGAAGGAGCUCUCAGAACCUGUGCUCCUGUAUCAACUCUAUGAUGAGUUAAUUGCACUUGCCAAGGAUCUGCAGAGACCUGGAGAAGGGAAGAGAGACAGCUCAGGGUUUUCAUCAGACCCUAUCCAGAACAUGAAGGACGUGCUGCACAAACUGCCUCUAACGAACCACAACACCCUGCAUCAUCUUGCUGCACAUCUAUACAGGGUGUCUGAGAGAUAUGAGGAGAACAGGAUGUCCGCCAACAACUUGGGGAUAAUCUUUGGGCCAACGCUGAUCCGACCCAGUGCAGGGAGCGAUGUCUCCAUGACCUGUCUUGUAGACUCUGGAUACCAGGCACAGAUUGUAGAGUUUCUCAUUCUGAACCAUGAAAGGGUCUUUGAGCGUUUUGCCUUGGCCCCUGGAUGCGAAAACCCUUCACAAGAGGCCUUGGCGCCGAAAGAUGAAGAGCAGCAGAGCCCCAGCAAAGACAAGACUAUGACCCAAGAGAACUUCUCCUCCAAGCACGAUUCGAGAGAGGGCUACCUGUCUGAUUAUCCAUCUUCCAGUGAAGCCAUCAAUGAGCUGACUCUGGAGGGAGCUUGCAGACCCCUAAGCCUGGAUACCCUAGAAUUGAACAGAAAUAUUGGCACCGAGCUGGAGGAUCCUGAGGAAUCUCUACAAGAAAAGCCAGAUAUAGAUUCAGAUGCUGUUCUAGGAACACAAGCCAGGGGGCACUUCAGCCGGCAGCCUGUGAAGUAUGCUCGAACACAGGCAAAAGUGAAGCCAGUCAUUCCCAAACCUCCCAGUUUGCCUUUGAUGACUGCUGCUCUGUCUAGUGCUGCGAUCGAUGCUGAUGCAGCAGGCAAUCUGGAAGACAACAGCCCCAGGCCAAAGGAAGUCCUGGAGAAAAAAGGCAGCAACAGCAGGACCAGCUCACCAGAGACCAGCACACUGCAGCGUCGCUCAGGAGGGAAACAGCAGCAACUCAGACAUUUUGAGAUCACUCAAGAAACUGCUAGGAUUGUCUCCAAGUUUCAAACUGAUGACACUUCCACAACAUGCCCUCAGGUUUUUCUGGGGAGGGGAAACACAGACUGCAUUGAGCCAGCAACAAACCCCAGCCUGGAGGAGACACCACUAUAGGGAAACCUUUUUGAGAACAGUGGCGAUCACAUUGAUUGAAAAGGAAAGAGCUACGCUCCUGUAAUGUGCUUCCUGCAGAAGGAAAGGACAGAAGUUAACAAGGUAAUGACCAAAUCUCUGCAACUGUGUUCAGGAUGAAGAUAGGAGGAAAGGCCUCUGAUGCAGAUAACCAGACAAGCUUAGGGGUAGCCCAGAAAUUUGUUUUUUUACACAUCAGCAAGCUUCAUGUGAGGAUUAAUAAGUCCAGAGGUUCUGGCACUGAAAACAAAAUGUCUGCACUUGGUGCCAGGUGCUUAGUUGGAAGAGAUGGAUCCAAUCUGGUUACACAGUCCAGUUCAGUGUAAUGCACAAUUCAGGCAAUACAGAGAGAGCAAGAGCUGCCUUACUUAGCAGUAGCCAAGGAAAGAAAAUUUACUGAAGCUUACACCACUGGAAAGGAAACCCUCACAAACUGUUAUUUUCUUCCAGAUACAACUUGUACUGUUUGCUUGUUUUUAAGUUCACAGCCUUCCUCAUUCUUCAGUAUAAAUCCAGUGAAGCAGGUACACUGGCAAGUCUGUGUACUCUGGGUUAUAGUGCUUCCAUUGUCGCCGUCUCCAGUUUCUAUAAACACAGAAGUAAUUUUAAAAACAGAAAGGUUGCAUUUCCCAGUGGGCCGCUCUCCCCCCCCCCUCCAUCUUUUCCUUAUAUCUUAAUUCCACCUCCUUGCUUUUUCACAGACUCCUCACUCCCCUCUGUCCUUAACUGAAGCAUCUUGAAUUAGUAGAACCAUUAAAAGUUGCUGUGUCACAAAUACAAUCCCUGCUCCCAUCGCAAAAGGGAAGAUUAUCAGCAAUCAAAGACAGGCUAGGUCAUUGUAGCCUGACUGUUCUUCACAUCUUCAAUCCCUGGAUCUUCCUCCCACCCAGACAGGAUUUAGCUGAAACCCCAUCCUAAUAAUGAGCUGACACUUGAAUGGCUCAUUCUAGUCUUAAAACUAACAGGCUACCUUGAAAUAAAAUGUUAGGUAGUUACAUGGAAUAAUGUAUAGGGUGAGCACUGUGAUCCACUGCUAUGGAUUUCCUUGCUCUUUGGUUAUGUACAUAGUCCAAAGCUUGCCUCUCUUCUAGCAACAGUGAAAGGACAUCUGCACAGGGAGAAUUUCACUGGAAGUUGUGCAGGCCGGGAGCGGUCCGAGGCUUUCGGGGGUGCGCGGCGGGCUGUGGCCAGCAGCCCUGGCACAUGGGUCGGGGAAUGCAGGCCGGCGGACUAGAAUUAGGCACGGACGCGUAGUGGUUGAUUAAAGAUUAUUUUACUUACACCGUAGAUGGUCGUGGUACAUGCAGGAGAAAACUUCACUUAAGUUGCAGUUACAAAACUCGUACAAACAAGACCCGUAGAAAAACUCAAGCCUCUUGAAAUAACUCGGGCAGAGCUCUGGAUACACACACACGAAGUUUGCUAGGCUCC